AUGUGUCACGAAAAUCAUAAUUGGUUGGAGGUUCUUCCAACUGUUCUAUUAGGACUACGUACUUGUUUUAAAGAAGAUUUCAAAUCAUCUCCUGCUGAGAUGUUGUAUGGGUCAAGUUUACGGAUUCCAGGAGAAUUUUUUCUUGAAGAGGACCUUCCUGCAAAUCCUGAAAUAUUUCUAGAAAAACACAGAAUUGCCAUGAGAAAUAUUAAGUCAAGACCUACUUCACAUCAUUGUAACAAAACCCCCUUUUAUCAUAAAAAUCUCUUUGAUUGUACUCACGUUUGGGUUAGAGAUGAUUCUGUUCGCAAAGGCCUUCAACCUCCAUAUUCUGGACCAUUUCGUAUAAUUAAGCGGAUCAAUGACUAUUUAUUCACUAUCGAUUUUGCAGGGAGAUCUGUUAACAUUUCAACCGAACGUCUGAAACCAGCCUUUUUACCUAAAGAACCCGAUUCCGUUUCCACUGUACCAACUUUGCCGCCUUCUACUUCAACCUCAUCUCUACCAACUUCGUCUUCGAUACCACAAACAACUCAGAAAACUUUGAGGUCUUAUCCUGGUUCGAAGAAAAAGGUUCAGUUCGCAACGUAA